AUGAACGAAAGACAAAAGGCUGAAUUAGAAGGAAAUAAAGGAAAAAGUUUAUUUUGCAAGAUUUCGCUUAAUGGAUCAUAUGGUUACGAUGCAAUGAAUACACAAAAUUACGCAAAGACUAAAAUAAUGAAUGCACAGAAGGCACGCGUUGCAUGUAUGUCAAAUAAGUUUAAAAACAUAAGAGAAAUAGGUGAAGAUACAUAUCAAGUGAUGCUUAAAGAUAGAUUUUAUAGAUGUGAUACAUGUUUACAAGAGGCAUUCUUCACUUUAGAUAAUGCUAAAUACUGGUAUUUGGUUUUCAUUUAUGAUUUUAUGUAUAAAUGCAUGGAUGUUAAUCGUUUUCAUUUCAUUGAAGGUGAUACUGAUUCAUCUUAUUGGGCAAUCGCUGGCGACCCAAGUCUUCCUAACACUCAAGCAUUUCAAGCAAUUGUUACCGAUAAACAAUUUUAUGAUAAAAACAUUUUCAAAUUCGCACCAUUUGAUUUCUUCUGUUUUGAUGAGAAAUUUAAACCUAAAUUAAAGAAUAAAGCUGAAGAAAAAGCACAUGAGAAGAAGUUAUUGGGUUUAGCAAUUGAGAAACAAGGUGAUAACAUGGUGGCGUUAUGUCCUAAGUGUUAUACAUCAUUCAACGGUUCAAUUGAUGGAAAUGAUUUUAAAAAGAUUGCACAAAAAAUGAAGGGUGUUAGUUUAUGA